CGAAAACCUAAGUAGGGGUGGCAGGUUUGGAAAAUUCAUGGUCCCAUGUGGGUUACAACUUGUGAACCACAAAUCGUCUAUAGGAAGGUCAUCAUUUGAUGGGCGAGUGUCAGGUUGAAAUGUGUAGUGCAUUGAAUUGAGAUAACAUGUCACUGCGGGCUUUCUUCCGCCUGGGUGUCAGUUACUUGCGCAAUUUUGUAAAGCUGAGAAAAGUGGUUACGAGACUUCCGGGGACCUUCCAGGUAAGUGCUGAACACAAAUGACCAACUUUCGAAGCUUCCCAGGGUGUAUAUAAAGCCGCCAUCUUUCACGCAAUCUAGAUUUGAAAAGCUCCUUGGCAAUUUUCGUCACCCCAAAUCGCUUGUCAGGUUGAUUCAUCGCACUCUGUCUGCAACAUUCACCAAGCAGCGCCCAGUCAAUCUCUCUCGGGCGUACAAUGCAUUUGCAGGAUCCGUUCAUUUACGCCAUCAGUUGGAUUUUCAAACAAAUUUUCCGUUCGCCGGAAUUAACGAGACGGCCAAGUUACGCCAAACCUCUUGGUUCGACCGUUUCAUUUCAUCACUCAAGAGAUAUCGCAAUCUGCCCAGCCUCACCAGUCAGGCCUCCUAUCUUUCCCCGAAGGAGCUUGUCGGAGUUGGAUGUAACAGUGCUGUUUGGGCUGCUGAGGUUGUCGAGGAAGACGGAUCAUCAUCAAACAUGGAAAGUGAGGGUGUGAACAAUGAAGUGGCGGUCAAGGUGCUGUACAACUUUUAUGCCAGUACGGAUCCGGAUUCUCCUUUGGCGAUGGAACAGCCGACAAUUCAAUCCCAGGCGGCGGAUAAGAUGGAGGGUUCGGUUGAUUGGUUCAUGCUUCAUCGGCAGUUGGAACGCGAGUGCGAAAUGCGUCCUUCCUCGGGGCAUCCGAAUAUCGUUCCGUUGGUCGGCUACUUUUGCGAUCGCGCACCCGCACCACCCAGCAAUGGUGAGCGAAACUCGAAUUCGGAACCGAAAAACAGUUCGAUCUCAGUCGUUUCCAAUUCCGACAGUACUGUUGAAUCCGACGCAGAUCCUGUUAUCAAGGAUUCCGGUGGCUGGGUUGGUGCAGAGGCAUUUCCAGAAGGCUUUGGUGGUCGACCGUUCACGUAUUAUCUGCUAAUGCCGAGGUUUGAGGCUACACUGGAUGAUUUAUUUCGUGGAGUUUGGCUUCCUCCAGGAUUACCCACUCCGAAGAAUGGAUUCGAACGGCCAGAGUCAUCAACUCCAUCCGGUGCAAAUUCCAGCAACAGUUGCGCUUCUUUCGUUACCCAAACGGAGAAUUCGUUUGUUAGUUCAUCGGUGAACUCAUCUACAGCUUUUCGUUUUUCGCCCACUACAAGCGAUCAAACCGGCCCUAUUCGGAAUCAUCAGCAUCAGCCGUUGGGAUUUGACGAAGCUGUUGGGAUCCUCGCACAACUGUUUGACGCAGUUGCUGAACUGGAAGCACAUGGAAUUGCGCAUCGCGAUAUCAAACCGAACAAUAUUCUCUUACGCCGUCGUCUACCCUCCAGUUCAACUCGCCGAACCUCUGAUUCCCUGAAAAAGGCGAGGACCACCGCCGCUUCUGCUGCAAGGAUUCAGUGGCUCGAUGAUGAGGAAAUCUUAGCCUCAAACACCCGGUUCCACGUUGCCAUUACUGAUUUUGGAUGUGCCAUCCGGUUCCCGCGCCAACCGAGUCCGACCGCUGCAUCUGACAAGUUCAGCUUCAGUCUUCAACGUUUUUUCGACCAAGUGUUCUCACUGCGAACACUGGACGCGAAUCCGGCUCUCCUUGCGCACAGUGGGAACUUUGCAUUUCUUGCACCGGAAAUAGCUGUGUGCUUGUCGGACAGUAAUACGGGCAAAGAUCAACUCUUGUCGUCUAUUUAUGCCAAAGCCGAUCUUUGGGCCGUUGCCACCUUGGCCUAUCCGUUAUUCGGGAUGACGAACCCGUUCACAGAUGGGACUCUGGACUCAGCUACCUAUAAUGAAGGAGAUCUCCCUCCAUUCGACCCUCAAGUUCCCGGUGUAAUUACUUGGGUAGUUUCCCAAUGUCUCAAUCGGGCACCAUGCUCGCGACCACCAGCUGACUUUGUGGCUGACGUGCUACACACUUGGUGCCUCCUGAGGCACACUCAUCGUCGUGCUCUUUUUCGCAAGCUUCCGUCCAACGCCACCAUCCCUCACUCCGGCGUUCCCUUUUCUGCGGGCAGUCAUGCUACUCCCGCUUUGAGAAGCUUGAUCCAGAAUAUACAAUGUACUGAUUCUACUGGACAGGAAAUUUUGAACGCGCUGUUGAAUUCAACUGGUGAACUAACGGAUGCAGUCGUUUCCCGCUUACGGCUCUUUCUUGACGUGUGUUGGGCAGCCGACUGGCUCACUGGGCCCGCGCGGCCUCCAAAUGGUCUUAGGGUAUCAUUCUAUCGCCGAGUCACUCUUGGACGGUUGGCAGCCUGUCUCCGGACCGUACAUUCAUCCGAACCCAACUGUUCCGUAGCGGCGUUUAGUGACGUUCCUGUGAAGGCGAACGAAUCUCCAAUUGGUGGCAAUGACCGGGAGUUAAUCCCCUCUCAUUGAGGUUUAUAACAUGUAUUGUUUCUAUAUUUCGUUCAUCUCAUUUUGACCUGUCUUUCUUUAUCCCAGAUUAUUCGGUUGACUACCGCCUUACUUUCGAUAUUUCUGCCUUUUACGUAGUUGUAAAACGUAUACAUAUUUUUUUAAAAAUAAUUAUUUGAUGCCCCACUGAUUUCAUCCGCAGACACUCUGUACAGUGACCCUUCGUUGUAUUUUCACAACACCCUCGGUUAUCGUCAGCCAGAGACUUGUGCAGAUGCCUUUUCUAUCAUACCUCACUGCUCCGUCAAUCCUUCGAUACGCAUCACUUGUUCCCCAAGUACUAUGCAUGAAGUCACACGGGCUAGAUUAUCUUGUGUGCGUAAUCAGGACAACAUGCCGUGGCUUUGGUCAUCGGCGUUGAUGGAGACGAUCUUGCCACCUUUCUGAUUCCGAUAUGGAAAUAAACAUAGAUUACGAG